AUGGGUGAGUUGCCUCUAGACAUCAACAUCCAUGACCCUCGAUGGGACCAGGCCACCUUUGUGGGCCGAACUAAGCAUUUCUUCACUGUCACCAACCCCUUGAAUCUUCUACUAUCUGAGGAUAAGCUGCAUAAUGCCCGAACCAUUGUGGAGAACUACAGGGCAGGGAUCAUGAUCCCUGGGCUGACUGAAAAUGAUCUAUGGAAGGCCAAGUAUAAAUAUGACUCAGCCUUCCACCCUGACACUGGGGAGAAGCUCUAUCUCAUUGGACGAAUGUCAGCCCAAGUGCCCAUGAAGAUUAUCAGUGUCUGCAUGCUCACCUUCUACAGGAACAUUUCAACUGUGGUAUUCUGGCAGUGGGUGAACCAGUCCUUCAAUGCUGUUGUCAAUUUCUCCAAUAGAAGUGGGGAUGUGAAAGUUACUGAGAGGCAGCUGGCAACAGCUUAUAUGAGCGCUACCACGGGGGCCGUACUCACUGCUCUGGGACUCAAAUCCCUCACCCAACAUCUGCCUAGCCUGGUUAGCCGCUUCAUCCCAUUCACAGCUGUGGAUGCUGCCAAUUGCAUCAACAUCCCACUGAUGAGGCAGAGGGAGAUGCUGGUGGGAAUCCCUGUAACUGAUGAUUUGGGCCACAGGUUGAGCUAUUCUUCAAAGGCGGCUCAGCUGGGCAUCUUCCAGGUGGUGAUAUCCCAGAUCUGCAUGAUCAUGCCUGCUAUGACUAUAACCUCUCUAAUUGUGAAUGUAUUGGAGAGAAAAGACUUCUUGAAGCGAAGGCCAUGGCUCUUGGGCCCCAUGCAAGUGGGGCUGGCUGGCUUUUGUCUGUUGUUUUCUACUCUGCUGUGCUGUGCACUUUUCCCCCAGAGGAACUCCAUUUCAGUGAACUGGCUGGAGCCUGAGCUCAGAGCUCAAAUUAAGGAGCAGAACCCAAACACUGAGGCUGUGUACUUCAACAAGGGACUCUGA